AGUCAUUUAGCAGACGCUCUUAUCCAGAGCGACUUACAGGAGCAAUUAGGGUUAAGUGCCUUGCUCAAGGGCACAUUAACGUCAUUUAGCAGACGCUCUUAGCCAGAGCGACUCACAAAUUGGUGCGUUCACCCUAUAGCCAGUGGGAUAACCACUGGGGGGGGUAGAAGGAUUCCUUUAUCCUAUCCCAGGUAUUCCUUAAAGAGGUGGGGUUUCAAAUGUCUCCGGAAGGUGGUGAGUGACUCCGCUGUCCUGGCGUCGUGAGGGAGCUUGUUCCACCAUUGGGGUGCCAGAGCAGCGAACAGUUUUGACUGGGCUGAGCGGGAACUAUGCUUCCGCAGAGGAAGGGGAGCCAGCAGGCCAGAGGUGGAUGAGCGCAAUGCCCUCGUUUGGGUGUAGGGACUGAUCAGAGCCUGAAGGUACAGAGGUGCCGUUCCCCUCACUGCUCCAUAGGCAAGCACCAUGGUCUUGUAGCGGAUGCGAGCUUCAACUGGAAGCCAGUGGAGUGUGCGGAGGAGGGGGGUGACGUGAGAGAACUUGGGAAGGUUGAACACCAGACGGGCUGCGGCAUUCUGGAUGAGUUGUAGGGGUUUAAUGGCACAGGCAGGGAGGCCAGCCAACAGCGAGUUGCAGUAGUCCAGACGGGAGAUGACAAGUGCCUGGAUUAGGACCUGUGCCGCUUCCUGUGUAAGGCAGGGUCGUACUCUCCGAAUGUUGUAGAGCAUGAACCUGCAGGAGCGGGUCACCGCCUUGAUGUUGGCGGAGAACGACAGGGUGUUGUCCAGGGUCACGCCUAGGCUCUUCGCACUCUGGGAGGAGGACACAGAGGAGUUGUCAACCGUGAUGGCGAGAUCAUGGAAUGGGCAGUCCUUCCCCGGGAGGAAGAGCAGCUCCGUCUUGCCAGGGUUCAGCUUGAGGUGGUGAUCCGUCAUCCAUACUGAUAUGUCUGCCAGACAUGCAGAGAUGCGAUUCGCCACCUGGUUAUCAGAAGGGGGAAAGGAGAAGAUUAGUUGUGUAUCGUCAGCGUAGCAAUGAUAGGAGAGACCAUGUGAGGAUAUGACAGAGCCAAGUGACUUGGUACUCCAUGUCCACUCCACACACACUGGCCUGCUGGCUAUGUUACCUGUAUUACCUCUCCUCUAGUCUCACUCUAUACCCAAUCUUUAUUCUACAUGGGCGGCUUGACAAUUUCACCUCUAGUCUGACUUUUUUAAAUGAGUACAUCUGGCUAUACAUUUUAUUAAUGAAUGCCAAGUUUCCGACACGGGCAGUGCAGAUUUGAGAAAAAGGCAAUAUUAGUGUCAUGUUACCCAUUUUAUUUCUCUUCCUCCCACCUGUGCAAAAAUGACUUGGUGCAGUAGCCUCUAGGAUAGCUGAGUGGUUUUGGUGUUGUGUGUCCUCUUAGUACUUUUAGAGCUUGGACAUUGAGAGAGAGGGUUAAGAAAGUGUAUCUAGUUAACAGCAUCACUUAUAGCUGCUUGCUGGGUGUUGUGGCUAGGUUUAGAGAGAGGGAGAGAGGAUGAGGGAUUGGAGACAGAUUAAGAAUUAGGAGCAACACGCUGGAAUAACCACACAGGAAAUGGCAGAUGACGAGCCACGGGAGGCCUCGGUCUGUUCUCCCUCUCUAUUACUAUAUUCCUCCCUCACUCUCUCUCGUUCUCUAUCACUCUAUCCCUCCCUCUAUUACUCUCUAUCCUCCCUCUCUCUGUUGGACACAUACAGUCAUUGGUCUGACCUUCUUUGUGCCUCUCUCAUUCCUCUGUCCCUCUCUCCUUUUGACUUUCUUUCUGACUCUCCCCCUCUAUUAGUCAUUCCUCUUUUUUUAAGGAAUGGCUGCAUCGUGACAAUUGAUUGGAGGAGGAGGGGAAAUAUUCCUUGAGAGAGGAAGAUGACGUGGGUUAAAGAUUCUCUUUUUCCCUUCUCGGUUCAUCUGCAUCUCCUCCUCCCUUUCCUCUCCAAGGCUUCACUUUCUUGCCUUCCUCCUUUCCUUCCUUCCUUCCUUCCUUCCUCUCUCUCUUUCUCCGUAUUAAACCAUCUCUCUCCUUCUUCUCCAUGUCCUCCCCGGCCGCUUCAACGACUCCCUCCCUUUCCUUCCUCUCCAUCUCUUCCUCUCUCCCCUAUCGCAGCAUUGGGUCACGGCUCCCUCCCCUCCUCCGUCCAUCGUUACCUUACUUACUCACACACACAAUAACAGGAAAGGCUGAGCUCCCUUACACAAACACUGGGGAAAAGAGAGGAAAUGGCAACACUUUCUGAAGAAGUGUGUUGCCUUAUUUUUUUGUUUUAGCACGUCACUUGUUGUCAUGUUGCAAUUUAACGAUUUGAUUUGUAGUUGGCCAGACUGUUGUGAGUGGGCGUAUUAGUUGCAUUGUAGUGUAAAUAUAGUCGCUAUUGGCCUGUUGUUGUAUCGACAUUCAGAACUGCAAAUGAAAUAUGAAGCGUCACGCAGCUCACUACAUUAUGUAAUUCAGAACGGAUCUAACUGAUUUUACACUGAUAAAAAAUGAACGCAACAAUUUCUACGAUUUUACUGAGUUACAGUUCAUAUAAGGAAAUCAGUGAACUUAAAUUAAUUAAUUAAUUAAUUAGGCCCUAAUCUACGGAUUUCACAUGACUGGGAAUACAGACAUGCAUCUGAUGGUCACAGAUGCAGUGCAUUCGGAAAGUAUUCAGACCCCUUCCCUUUUUCCACAUUUUGUUAUGUUACAGCCUUAUUCUAAAAUUGAUUAAAAAAAUUAAUUGUUUUCCUCAUCAAUCUACACACAAUACCCCAUAAUGACGAAGCGAUAAAACAGAUUUUUUUGAAACUUUUGUAAAUGUAUUAAAAAUAAAAAACAGAAAUACCUUAUUUACAUAAGUAUUCAGACCCUUUGCUAGGAGACUCGAAAUUGAGCUCAGGUGCAUCCUGUUUCCUUUGAUCAUCCUUGAGAUGUUUCUACAACUUGAUUGGAGGCCACCCGUGGUAAAUUAAGUUGAUUGGACAUGAUUUCGAAAGGCACACACAGUUGACAGUGCAUGUCAGAGCAAAAACCAAGCCAUGAGGUCGAAGGAAUUGUCCGUAGAGCUCCGAGACAGCAUUGCGUCGAGGCACAGAUCUUGGGAAGGGUACCAAAAAAUGUCUGCAGCAUUGAAGAUCCCCAAGAACACAGUGGCCUCCAUCAUUCUUAAAUUGAAUAAGUUUUGAACCACCAAGAGUCUUCCUAGAGCUAGCCGCCCAGCCAAACUGAGCAAUCGGGGAAGAAGGGUCUUGGUCAGGGAGAUGACCAAGAGCCUAAUGGACACUCUGACAGAGCUCCAGAGUUCCUCUGUGGAGAUGGUUGUCCUUCUGGAAGGUUUUCCCAUCUCUGCAGCACUCCAUCAAUCAGGCCUUUAUGGUAGAGUAGCCAGACGGAAGCCACUCCUCAGUAAAAGGCACAUGACAGCCCGCUUGGAGUUUGCCAAAAGGCACCUAAAGGACUCUCAGACCAUGAGAAACAAGAUUCUCUGGUCUGAUGAAACCAAGAUUGAACUAUUUGGCCUGAAUGCCAAGCGUCACGUCUGGAGGAAACCUGGCACCAUCCCUGCGGUGAAGCAUGGUGGUGGCAGCAUAAGUCUGUGGGGAAGUUUUUCAGCGACAGGGACUGGGAGACUAGUCAGGAUCGAGGGAAAGAUGAACGGAGCAAAGUACAGAGAGAUCCUUGAUGAAAACCUGCUCCAGAGCACUCAGGACCUCAGACUGGGGGCGAAGGUUCACCUUCCAACAAGACGACAACCCUAAGCACACAGCCAAGACAACGCAGGAGUGGCUUCGGGACAAGUCUCUGAAUGUACUUGAGUUAAACUUAUUGCCAACCUUUAUUUAGGCAUUUUAAAACACUUUGUUUCCCUAUUACGACAAUCAUCUAAUCCGACUAUAAACUUUCAAUUUACGGAUAUGAUUGCGGCUGAUCAAAUCAGCACACCAGUAAAAUAGCAUUACACCAAAAAGGUUUAGAAACUCUGUGGUUACACCGCAAGUCAGAUGGCUCAUUGGCGAAAAAUUGGGCAUGUUCAAAACGAUAACCAGCUAACGUUAGCUAGCUACAUUGGCUAUUAGCUCCUAUCUGAUAUCUUAGCACCAUGUUUAUCUAGCCAGCUAGCUAGCAUAUUAGCUAAUAUAGCUAGCUACAGUAGCUAACACAACAGAUGAAAGGGUUAGUUAUCCGUAAUCUUAGCUAUGUGACCUGUUAGCAAUCUGCUUAGCUAGCUAGCUUUGUUAUUGCAUGCAUGUCCAGGCACGUCGGCACGAGCCUUUAUUAUUAGUGAAUUAAACGUAACUAAUAUUUGCAACAGGAGUUCGAUUUUGGUCACUGUGUCAGUUAAUCAGUUUCUCAAUACUGCACCUUUCUGUUGUAGAAUGAGCUAGCUUGCUGCUUGCUGCUGAUAUUUCCCAGCUAGACAUUCCUCUGCAUUGUGCUCGUGGCUCAGGCGGUGAGUGGUGGCUGGCAUAGCAACAGUUUUGCUAUGUAGAGGGACUAGAGAAGGGCCGAUAGACUAGAAAAGGCUAAUAGCGGCCCGAUAUAUCGGCUCGGACGAUUAUCGGUCGUUCUCUACCAGGCAGGGCAGGGUCAGUGUAAAUGUCAUGUCUGCUUAGGUCCUAUGGAGACAGAGUUUGAGCUGGGAGGGAGCCAGGCAGCCUGGCCAGGCAGGAGGCUCUGACUGGCAGACUGAAGGACGGAGAGAGUGACACAGCCUGCCCUGACCACUCCACUCAGCCUGACUGGGAAUGGAUGCACACUUGUGCACUCAAAUGGACACACACUCAUGCUCAACUGACUCACACACACACACACACACACACACACACUAGUUGCAUCUGACACACAGUCACUCUGUCAGCUCUUAAAGGUCGACACAGAGCUCCAGCGCCUAAUGAGAAAGACGUCCACAUUAGAGAAUCACUUUUUCUCAAAAUAGAAUCGCUCUCUCUGUCUCUGUCCCUAAAAUGGCCCUAUCAUCAUCAUGACGAAGCAAGCAGCCCUGUCGCCUCAGUGGAAAUGACGAUCUCUGUUUCACUCCGUCGUCUGUCACAGUCAGUGCCAGUGGAGACGCACACUCACUGAUACACAUCCUCUCCAAUAUGGACAAAUGUAGGCAACCUGGUCCCAGAUCUCUAUGUGCUUUAGCCAACUGACUGUCAUUGUUAUUGUCAUGCCAUACAAGCACAUACCUGUACAGAUCUGGGACCAGGCUAAAAGAAGACCGAUGUGAAUAGAUUCAAAAUAAUUAUCCAUGAAAUAUAGUCAUUUUUCUUUGUCCUUAUAGGCUCACUCUUAAUGUGUUUAUGUGCCUUUAAUGUCUGCUCGGUGUUAGUCAUUUCUUCUCCUGUUACCUGUCUCUGUUACUAAGCCACAGUGACUGAUGGUUGAUUCACUGUGUGUUGUUUGAGGUAGUGUGUGUAGGCGUGUUCAGACGGGCUGCUUUGCUCUGGCAUGUUUACAUUCCCCAGGCAGGCAGCAGUAGAGAAAACAACGCUCCCUCUUUCUUUCUCUCCAUCUCUAUCCCCCCACAUCCCCCAUCGCUCCUCAUAGUUAGGCCUGUCUGCCCUCUAGGUUGUCUGAUCUGAUGUUGAUGUCUUUCACACACUGAUGACGCACAGUGUGACACACACACACACACACACACACACACACACACACGGGUGAUACAGGUGUCAGGGAGGAUACUGCGGCUGCAUCUCAGAGGGACUGAAGCACAGAGACAGUCGAAGAGAGGAUAGAGUGAGUGAGACCAUGUGAGAAGGAGAGAGAUUAACAGAGUGAGUGGGACAGUGAGAGGAAUAGAGUGAGACCAUGUGAGAAGGAGAGAGAUUAACAGAGUGAGUGGGACAGUGAGAGGAAUAGAGUGAGACCAUGUGAGAAGGAGAGAGAGAUUAACAGAGUGAGUGGGGCGGUGAGAGGAAGAGGAGUAGAACAGUAUACAGGCUGCAGAGACAUUUCAGAUAGACUGACUACACAUGGCAGGUGCCUUUCCCUCCCUCCCACUCCCUCAUAUCAGUCUGAUGAGUCUAUUUCAGUGAAAGGGCAAAAUACACCAAAUGGAGCUGAUAAGACAGGGCGUGCAGUGUGUUUUAUUAGCGUGUAGUGUGUCUUUGUGUUUCGGGGUGUGUGUGUGUGUGCUGCUUUAUCAGAAAACCGUGGUCAUCUACUCAGGAAUAUAGUUAACUGUUUUUUUUCUGUCAACUGUUGGGUGGGGUUCUCUCUGUGUGUAUUUGCAGUGCCACACGUAUGCAGGAGUAGUUAUUUAUUUAUCUAACUACUCUCUCUCCGUUUUUUCUCUCUCCAUACAGACGAGUACAAGAUGAAGGGAGUGGAGGAGGUGAAGUACAUGCGUGGAGAGGAGGACCGGGUGAAUGCACGCAACCAGGAGAACCUGGUGAGAGAGGAACGACCCCACACACACACAGUCUCUGACUGUCCAUCAACACACAUAGAAAACACACAGUCCUCUUUGACAUUCCAUCAACACAUGCAAACAGACGGUGUUUGUGCUAAAUGCACAUGUACACAGAAGCCCCCCCCCCCAUGCACACACACUCACACUACACACAAAUGAAAAUGAAAACACACACACACAGCCAUGGUGCCUCCCGAGCAGGUAGAGACAACGUGUUGGCGUGUAUGGAAUGUGGGAGUUUCACUAAAGGCUGUUUAAACCUGCUCCUCUCCUUCAUGGCCUACAUUUUGUGAGCAAUAGCUACGAUUUAUUAUUUCCUACAAACACUGUAAAAUAACCAGAAAAGGUGCACACCCUUUUGGAUGAGGUAACAAUUGAAGGAAAGGAAUCAAAACUGGAGAGAAAUGAAAGUCCUACCCUCCUAUUGAUUGUCAUUUCAGUGUCUCUUUAUUCCACCAUUGUUGUGACUGUGCUGCCAUCAUCAUAGUAGCUGGCUUAAAACAUGCAGGAGAACAAAUGUCAUUUUCAGAAGUGACUUACUAUUUUUAGAAAGCUUAAUGAAAAGUACUCACAGGGGACCGUUUCUCACAGACGCACAUUUAAUCCUGCAGAGUCAAAGUGCACACACACAACCAAACAGAUUUAUGUGUGACGCUGCAUAUCCAUGAAUUCUUGUAGUGAGCAUACGCAGUAGCAGGGUGAUCUAAAGCCUGAGGAGAGGGCAGCUCCUAGUUUAAGACACACUAAAACCUUGGCAUGCCAUGCUCCUCCAAAGCACAGCCAGCACCUCUAAUGAUCCAGGCCGGUGAGGAGGUUUUCCCCCUGGUCAGUCCCACUGGCCUCCAGCCUCUUAGCAUCCCAGCCAGUGUCUGGAUCCAGGCAAGAGCAGAGCAGACCAGGCUCUCCUGCACGGGGCCUACAUGGCAGCCUGUCUCUUCCCAGCUCCAAGGCUCCAGCAGCAGGGGUAGGCAGCUUCUCUAUCCCCAGCCUUAGGGCCACAGCUGGGCCAGGCAACUCUUACCUCCAGCCACAGACCUGUCACUCCCCUUAGCCAUAGUGACACACAACACAGCAGGGUACGGAUGUUUCCAACCUUAGGGCCCUGGCUGGCAGGGGGCAGGUAUCUUUUCUCUCCCCAGCCUCUGGCCUACUACAUGGGCAGGAUGGGGUUCGGAGGGCUCUGUGUAUAGUCUCUGGGCUAUGAGCUGAUCUGUGUGUUUUUGUGUGUUUCAGGAGAAGAGCUCUUUACAGUACAGGGGAAAACCACACAAAGAAGGCUCUGGAGCCAACGCCAACAGGACAAAGUGAGUGAUAACAUGUGUGUGUGAGACAAAAUGUGUGUAAUAAAAUGUCUGUAAUAACGCUGUGUGAGUCUGCGUGCACGUGUUAUCAGCUAGUCAUUGGUGUUACUUAACAAUUAUUGCUGCGCUUUUAUAUGUAUUCAUAAAUGGUAUCAGGCAGUGUGAUUUAAAUCAGUGUGUUGUUAUCACUGUAGUGGACCUGAGUGGUUAGUGUCUUUUGUUUCCAGACGUGUAAUGUGGCUCUAUUUCUGUGUGGAUUAGCAUGGGUGCUGUAGCUGUAUUUAGUUUGCUUUUGGAUUAUAUACUUUGUGGGAGCACUCCAUAAAAUGAUUAUUCAAAUUCCUCCACAACCACGAAGGCUCUUGCCGAAGCGGGGGUUUAGAACUGUGUGUGUGUGUGUGUGUCCUGUGUGGGGGGUGUAAUGGAAAAUUCUAGUGGUGUUUGUUGCCUCCCGUUUCCUCCCUGUCUAACUUCCUCCUUCAUUCUCUUUCUCAAUCCCUCACUCUCGUUCUCACUCUUUAUUUCGCUCCCUCGUUCUCACUCUCUCCCUUUCUUUCACAGUAUCCACACGUCAGAGAGCCAGCAGGAGUUCUUCAGGAUGCUGGAUGAGAAGAUUGAGAAGGUGAGGGGCGGAAUAAAGAGAGGGAUGGAGGGAGGGAGGGAGGGAGGGAGGGACUGGGCAGCAGGGCCUGAACAUUUAAAGAGACGGUCUCCUGUGAGAUUUGGGGCUGCUAAAAGCCAGCUCUGACAGGCAGGAAAUACUUCAAGUUGAGAUACAUCCAGAUUAGGACUUUAAAAGACUACUUUAUUCCUAUCAACCUCACCGCUGUCUUCUCUAUCCUCUCCAUUUAUCCUACGGAGAUGCUAUCUGUCCUCCCUCUUUCAUCACCGUCUUCUCUGUUUCAUCCCUCUCUCAUCUGUGGUGUGUGUGCCCACAGGGACAGGAUUACUGUUCAGAGGAAGAAGAGGCAGAGGAUGGGACAUAGCUAACAGGCCCCCGACUCAACCCCCUACAGAGAGCCUCCCAGAGUGUGUGUGUGUGUGCAUGUUAGACUGAAUCAGUGUUUGUAUGUUGUGUGUGUCUAUGUAUGUUCGACUGCCUUUGUAUGUGAUUCUGUAUGUGUCUGUGUGAGCAUGUAGGUUUUUUGUGUGUAUGUGUGAGAGAGAGGGCAAGCUAUUCUCAGACUGGCUGUCGUCCCAUUGGGCCCCUGAGUGAAUUACUGGAGGGAGAGACGAAUGAGGAGACAUACAGACAGACAUGUGGACUCACUGUAGCCAUGCCAGUGUGCCUGCUCCCCCGCAGGACUAUGGAGAAACCCUCCCCUCUACCCCAACUACCACCCCAGUGAACUGUUCUGUGGACCCUGGUCCAGCUCUGUGUAUACCACCCCCUCAUGACUACAACAUGGAGAAGGAGGACAAACAGAAGAGGAACGAGCAUUAUGGGAGUUGGAGUCUGGGAGACACCCUCCUGGUUUCUACCUUCAAUGGCCCUGGCUGUUGUGCUUCACCUGCGAGGAGCAGAGAUGUGGAUAGAGAUAGAGGGGUGCUGGGGAAGGGGGUCACUUCCAUAACCCCCACCAGCCCCCAUCAGACAACGGAGGCUCGUUGCUGCAGUGGGCCAGACAGAGGGAAGGAAGGGAGGGGGGGGAAAAGAAAAAUCUAG